CUUCCUUUAAGUUUGACAUUCGUUCGGAAAAUUGAAAACAUUAUGACGUUCAAAUUUCUCCACGUUUCGUUAGAGUACAAUAGUUUUUUAACUAAAAGAGUUGGAUUUGAAUGCUUAACACCCGUUUCCUGUUGAUACACAAGGCAAUUUCUGCACGAAUUCUAAGCCGUAAACUUUUUAUCAGGAUGGAGAGCCUCGAGCGUGUCAUCUCUAAUAACGCUGCUGCGGAGCAAUUGUUACAAUCCCUCAAAGAAGAACUUAAAACCAUAAACGAUAAAAAAGUCAGUCGUCGUAUUGAAGAGUUGAAGGUGGAAAAUGAUGCACUAAGGAAACAAGUCGAGAGCGCCCGUAAAAAGCUUAUCGAUUUGGAGACUCAAAAUGGUAAAAAGCAAAUUCCGGUACCAGGAAUUUCUACUGAUGUUACUCCUAUCGUUGAUGUGAAAGUUGAGCCUGAACAACCGAAAGUUGUACAGGCCAGUCAACAAUCAAACGAAACUAAACCACCGAAGGAGAAGAAGGCUAAAAAAGAAAAACCUAAGGACGAAUCUAAACCAUCUGCUAGUGGAACCGACGAACCCCCUAUUGACGUAGGACGUCUAGAUAUGCGUGUUGGAAAGAUAGUCGAAGUGUCGCGACAUCCUGAUGCUGACAGUUUGUAUCUGGAAAAAAUAGACUGUGGUGAGAGCGCUUCCCGAACCGUAAUAUCUGGUUUGGUUAAAUUUAUUCCCAUCGAAGAAAUGCAAAAUCGACUGGUUGUGGUACUAUGCAAUCUUAAACCAGCCAAAAUGCGAGGAAUUUUGUCUGAAGCGAUGGUUAUGUGUGCUUCGUCACCGGAUAAAGUCGAGAUACUUGCCCCUCCCGAGAACUCAGUACCCGGGGAUUUGGUCCAUGUCGAGGGAUACCCACGUAUGCCGGAUGCUGUUAUGAAUCCGAAAAAGAAAAUUUUCGAAACCGUCGCACCAGACUUGCGUACGAACGACCUCUUGGUGGCGUGUUACAAGGACAGCCCGUUUCAGGUACCAGGAAAAGGCGUAGUUAAGGCUCAAACAUUGAAAAAUGUUAAUGUGAAGUAGGAGAGAUGUUUUAGGAAUAUACUGAGUUUUCUGAUAAAUCGUAGAUAUUUGCAAACCUUGCAA